AUGCUGGCCUUUAUAUUCCGCGGUGUCUUCCUGGUCGGCAUUGUCUCCUGGUACAGCACAAGCGUCUGGAAGAUGAUCGACGGCUACUUCAAGGAUCGAUUUCAGAGUUACCUCCGUGCCGAGUACGACAAAAACCCCCAAAUGCUCGCCGACCUCCAGGCCUACCGCGCGGCCGCUGGUAAGAAGAGUCCAGCUCUACCGACCGCCGUCGCACCAGAACCGGACGUUGGCGAAGCCGUUCGCGUUUGCUCGGCCGAAGUUUGCCCAGCCGCCAGUAACAAGGCCAGUAACAGCAUGGACCCGAGAGAUGGAUUUUUGGGCAGUGAAAAGCAGCCGGAAACUGCAGCCGCAACCGAACCGCCUCUGAUGGUCGAAAGGAAUCAGAGCAGAAGAGCAAAUCACGCCGGUGAAGAGUUGAAAAACGAUUCCACGAAGAUGAGAAAGGUCAAAGAAUCGAGAAAGACGAAACGUAGGUCGGUCGAAGGUGGGAAGCCCUCGAAGAAAAGACUGAAGACCAUCACCCUGACGGAGAAGGACUUUGCUUCGACGAGAGUAAAGGUCACACCUCAGGACUUUGACGAAUUUGAUGCAGAUGAGAACGUCGCCAAGGAAAUCGAGGACGAAUCCCACGGCGUUCUGGUGUCGAAACUUCCGUUCAAACCCAAGGCGGAUAUCGGGGACCUUCGAAGGGUGUCGGAGGAGGAGUUCUGCCCUUUGACCUUGGAGGAUGAGGUCUCCUGUCGGGAGACCAAAACUUGGCCUUGAAUGCUUGAUUCGCACACAUGCCGGAAUCUUGAACGACCAUUGUGAAAUUUAUAGUCAUAAAAAACCAUUUAAUUCAAGUGAAAUGAAACAAUUUUAAGAUACUUUUUAAUCUGUGAAUGAGAUUCCAGAUCUGACCUGCUUCGAAUCGAGAACGAAAAUUGGGUAAAAUUGUCUGUAGCGGUAUGGUAGAAAGCUACCUGUGUAUAAUAUUUGCUUAAUAUUUUCUGGUAGUAAAAUUAUCAGGCGAGAAAUUAACUCUCCGUUUUUAUUAUACACAUAAAGUUGAAGCGCAGAUGUUUAUUCGACUAUUUUGAUUAACUUGUUCCGUUAUGAAGCCGAUUACAGGCACGAUUUCUACGAAUGCAAUUGCCGGCCAAACGGACUUGACCCUGAUUGAAGCGGACUGCAUGUACCAGGACUAUCAAUCGCCGAGAUAUGUUCUGUCUGGCAGGAAAUCCAUCACUCGUCGCAAUAUUGUGUCUGAUAAGAAGCUAUCCACCUACGCUUUUUCUCGUUGUUAUGUGUCUCGAAUAAUUUUUACUAAUUAAAUCUCCGUAUUUAAUUACCGUUCCAUAAUGAACAGUUGUAUAGCUUUUCCUUUGAAAUUAAAUACAAUCCGAGACCUGA